GAUUAGUAAAUGCAAGAAUUAAUUCUCCUCCUCCUUUUAGGAUGAGUGCUAUAUUUUUACUUUAGUAAGAAGGACACAAGAAAUGCUGUCAGAGAUGCUGGGAGAGGUGAUGAUGCUAAAGCUGAUGAUAUCGAGUUCUACGAGAAGCAAAAUGUACUUUUUGUUUCUGACAAAAAUUCCUACUCUAAAACUUUCGAAAAGGAAAUCAAUAAUGGACUUCCUCAUUUUAAUACUUUGAGAAAAUAUUCAGCCUCUGGAGCUCAAGGAAGAGACUACUUUGGUGUUAAACUCGCAGGAGAGACUUGGCUAUUUCCCGUAUCUCAACAGGAUCUUAAGGAGGUAUACUCUUAUACAAAUCUUGGAGGCCCAGUGGAGUCCAUGCCCUUUAGACAAGCUGUAGGGUAUGCUCCUAAAGGAGUACCUUUCAUUCCAACUUCUAAACACUCAAAAGAUAUCAGAAAAUCUCUGACACCCAUUUUUCAUAGUGACUGGAUGGAGGUUUACUUUGGACACUUCAAUAGAGCAAUGAGAGAUAUGGUAGAGACUUGGAAAAAGAAUUCAGGCUCAAAGAGGAACAUACAAAAGGAUAUACUUGACAUGGCAUACGAUUCAGCUGUCUACUCUCUUAUUGGAUCCAAACUUGAUGUCAAUGUACCUUACCAUGGCAUGGAUGGAGUAGAGACUAUUCAUAUUAAAGAUUGCAAUGCAAGAACAAUGCUAGACUUUUCUAAGCAUUCUGCGACUGAUGAGUUUAGUCAUGAUAGAAACUUUAGAAAUAAUUCCAAAGAUAAGCAUUGUGAGAACUUAUGCAAAAAUAUGGAAACAUUACAAGAAGCUCUCAUAGGCCUUGUUGAAGCAAGAGUGGCAGAAAUUUCUAAUGGAGCGGAGAAAAAGAAGACCAUUGUAGACGCAGCAAUAGGAUUAGUAUUACAAGGAGUCCUUGAAGAUGUAAAUGAAGGUGUUCAAAACGGCUGGGCAAUUUUGAAUGGAGCUCAUCUUAGUUGUGGAAACGCAUUGACUGCUGCACUUUAUUACCUUCUCAGAAACCCUAAAUCCUUGGAGAAACUUCAUGGAGAGAUCAAGGACGAACUCUUUGAAGGUAAAGAUAUCUCACUUGAUGAGAUAGAAGCAAUAGCUACUCAUGCAAAGCUUCAUGAUCUUGAUUACAUGUCCUAUGUUAUCAAAGAAACACUAAGAUUAAGUUCUCCUCUUUAUGGUAAAGCAAUGAAAGUCAAGGAGGAUCUCAAACUCAAAAGCGGAUUUUCAGUCAGAAAGGGGACUAUCAUUUAUCCUAACAAUUGAGUAGUUGGAGUGUCUGAAAACAUCUGGAAAGAUCCCCUGAAGUUCGUUCCUGAAAGAUUUGACCCAGAAUCAUCUUAUUUCAAAUUACCAAAUGGUCAGAAAAGAGAGUCUAUUACGUGGCUAGCCUUCGGUGCUGGGCCGAGAGCAUGUUCAGGAGAUAAUUUUAGCAUGUACUUCAUGAAGCUAGGACUUGUCUACCUUCUGACGAUGCUCAAACUUGAGCUCAUAGAUACAUUCAAAGGAGAGGGCUACUUUUAUUGGAUUCAUGAAAAUGAGAUGUUUGUCAAAAUUGAUCAGGUCUAAAAUGUGGCGAACUCUCUUAUAAGAUCAAAGAAAAUCAUUAUAAGUU